AUGGGGAUUAAAAUAAGAGUAGGCUCAUGGAACGUGUGCAAUGAUAUCUGGCACUCCGUUCGCAGAGCGACAGAGAGUAUAAUUUCCACGCGUUCUGGGUUCGAUUCCCGACUGAGGUUCCUGAGUGAAAGGUUUUCGCAUACCCCCUUCGACAUCAUGUGCCUGCAGGAGGUAUCCCCAGGGAUGAUCUCUAGUCUACAAAAAGAUUCUGCUUAUAAGAGCUUCACCUUGGUGGCGCCCCCGCAAAGUACCCUCACACCCAACGGCAACAACUGCUGUGUCUUAUUCAACAAAAAAUUCAAAUUGGUUGCCAAAAAAUAUUUCAAUCUGAGGGAAGCGGUGUCAACCCAUCUGGUGGGUUAUGCUCACCAGGGGGAAAGUGACAUAGAAGAUGCAUUCAUUAAGGAGCUCAGAAUGAGGAACAGUAUGGCCACGAUGCUUCUCCUGGAGCUUCCCCAAACAAAAACCCUUCUAACUGUUUGUAACUGCCACAUACACUGGAAUCCAGCAUAUGCCGACGUGAAGGUGUUCCACACCUUCCUCAUUGUUAAGGAGCUUUUCCAGUUUGUUCGCAAUGCUCUAGAACGUUUUCCCUUUGUCCCUCUGCUGCUGAUGGGGGAUUUCAACUCCACUCCCAGUUUGAAUAGUCAAGGAUCCCCUUCGGAUGACCAACUCAGCGGAGUAUACGAACUUAUAAGCAAGGGAAGACUGUCCAUGAAGCACCCCCACCAUCCGGCACAGCUUCGGAAGGAUGAAGCCUUUCAAAAGUACCCCGACCUCUGCGUAGAUCCGUUCCAAAGCGCAUUUAAGGAGGUCAAUGGUGCCGAACCUGCAUUCACGAACAAAACGACAACGUUUUCUGGGUGUAUAGAUUAUAUAUUUUUUAAAGGGCUUAUCCCCCUGUCAGCCGAAACUGUUCCUGGAGACUUGAGAAAAAGUGAAGUGCUUCCCAAUGGAAAAGUACCCUCGGAUCAUCUCCUUCUUAUGUCUGAAUUUUUCCUCGUUUAA